AUCUCUGGUCAAGUGCCAACAACCCUAUCUUAGUUUAUAAGUAGCUAUGGUUUGGUUAUGCAAACAAACCAUAGAAUUAACAGAGUCAGAUAAUUUCAAACGGCCGGAAGUCAUUAAUCGAUAUGAUGAGCUGUGGAAGUCCACCUAUAGUCGUGCCUUCGGUGUAUGAGUUGGUCAAAGAAGAGAUCACUGAAAUCCCAGAUCGAUACAUCCGCACUAGUGAUCUUGAUCACACUGACGACUCCACAGCUAAGUACAAUAUACCUGUUGAUCACAGUGACGACUCCAUAGCUAAGUACAAUAUACCUGUUAUCGACGUAAAAGGCCUACUAUCUGGAGAACCAGUAUCAGCAGAUUCUGAAUUGGAAAAUCUUCAUUCUGCUUGCCAGCACUGGGGAUUCUUUCAGGUGGUAAACCAUGGAAUUAGCUCUUUAAUCACUGAGAAACUAAAGUCAGAAAUACAGAAUUUCUUUGAACUUCCAGUAGAGGAGAAAAGGAAACUAUGUCAGGAACCAGGAAAUACGGAGGGAUUUGGGCAACACUUUGUGGUUUCAGAUGACCAGAAGCUUGAUUGGUCAGACAUGUUUUACAUAACAUCCCUACCAACUGAAUUGAGAAAGCCUCAUUUAUUUGCAGGGAUACCGCUAUUACUAAGGGAGGCGUUGGAAGCUUACUCCUUGGGAUUAAAAAACCUGAACAUGAUUCUACUAGGAAAAAUGGCUAAAGCUCUAAAGAUGGAUUCUGAUGAGAUGGAGGACUUAUUUAAUGAUUGUUCACAGAGAAUGAAACUGAGUUACUAUCCUCCUUGUCCUAAGUCACAGCAGGUCUUAGGUAUGUCACCUCAUUCAGAUGCUGCUGCUUUGUCGAUUGUCCUUCAGCUUAACGAAACAGAAGGCCUUCAGAUUCGUAAAGAUGGAAAAUGGAUUCCUGUAAAACCCAUCCCUGGUGCACUAGUAGUCAAUAUUGGAGACAUGAUUGAGAUUCUGAGCAAUGGUGCCUAUCCAAGUAUCGAGCAUAGAGUAAUGGUAAAUCCAACAAUAGAGAGGCUUUCAAUUGCCACAUUCCAUUCAAUUAAUCCAGAUGCAGAAUUUGGCCCAGCACUUAGCUUGCUCAAUCCUCCAUGUAAACCAGCUUUAUUCCGUAGACAGACUGUGGAGAAAUACUAUCAAAACUUCUUUGCUUUAAAACUUAAUGGGAAGACCAAUAACCUAGAUUUCAUGAGGAUUGAUCAGUCCAGUUAAUUGUUUUUAGGGUAAUUGGUAUCGGCACUGGUUAUCAUCUUUUUCUGUAUUGGUUUGGCUAUUUUAAGUUUAACCCAUGAAUAAAAAUUUGUAGAAAUUGGGACUCAAA